GCAUUUUUGUCAUUCUACCCGACCUCUUCUCUCCACUUAAAAACGAUCCAGGAGGGAGAGGGGGAGAGGGCAAAGGUCUUCGGGGCGUCAUUAGCUUCUCCGUAUUUAUGCUUUGUCUCCUCGGUUCGGCCAUGUCGUCCUCGUUGCUGGUUGAGACAGAAUAGAAGAGAAGAGAGAGAGGGAGAGAUUAGGUUAGAUAGAUAGGGAGCGGAAUUGGAGCCACACAGAGAUAUAUACAUACGCCAGACGCGCAUAUCGGGAGAGGGGACGUCUUGUCUGUUCAUGAGGACCAGGCGAGGGAUGUGUUACUCCGAAUCGGACCUGUGCUCCGAGAAGAUGAGGGCCGCGGCGGCGGCGGCGGCGGCGAAGGCGGCGGCGGGGGGUGUGGUGGGGGUGAGGAGGAGGAGGAGGGUGGAUUCGAUCCCGGGCGGUGGGGAGGAUGCGGCUUUGCUCCGCCGCAAGCGGCGGAGGUGCCCCCCGAGGGUGGGCGGCGGCGGCGGGGACGACUUGUUCGACGCCCUCCCCGACGACCUCGUCCUCUCGGUGCUCUGCAGGGUCGCCGGCUCCGCCUCCUCGCCUGCCGAUCUCGUCAACGUUCUGCUCACGUGCAGGAGAUUCAAAUCGUUAGGCCUGCAUUCGAUGGUGCUGUCGAAGGCGUCGUCGAACGCUCUCGCCGUCAGAGCUCACGGCUGGUGCGACUCCGCCCACCGCUUCCUCAAGCUGUGCGCCGACGCCGGAAACGUCGAAGCCUCUUACACUCUCGGCAUGAUUCGCUUCUACUGCUUGCAAAGCCGGGGUAGUGGAGCUUCGCUGAUGGCCAAGGCGGCGAUUGGGUCGCACGCGCCAGCGCUCUACUCGCUCGCGGUGAUACAGUUCAACGGUAGCGGCGGCUCCAAGAACGACAAGGACCUGCGGGCCGGCGUUGCCCUUUGCGCCCGGGCCGCCUUCCUCGGCCACGUCGACGCCAUGCGCGAGCUCGGCCACUGCCUCCAGGACGGGUACGGCGUCCGCCAGAACGUCGCCGAGGGCCGCCGCUUCCUCGUCCAGGCCAACGCCCGCGAGCUCGCCGCCGUGCUCUCCUCCCCCUCCGCCGCGGCCGCCGCCGCUUCCCUCCUCUCCACUCGGGCGUGGCUCGCCUGGAGCAGCCCGCACGCGCAGCCGCCCCAGCAGCAGCAGCAGCAGCAGCAGCAGAACCACCAACAGCAUCCCCUCCGCCACGCGGCCGGCACCGGGUGCCCCUUGCUCAGCGACUUCGGUUGCAACGUGCCGGCGCCGGAGGCCCACCCGGCGAACCGGUUCAUGGCGGAGUGGUUCGCCGCCCGGGGCGGCUCGGCGGGGCCGGGGCUGAGGCUGUGCUCGCACGUGGGGUGCGGGAGGCCGGAGACGAGGAAGCACGAGUUCAGGCGGUGCUCCGUCUGCGGGGCCGUGAACUACUGCUCGCGGGCGUGCCAGGCGCUCGACUGGAAACUCCGCCACAAGGCCGAGUGCACGCCGGUGGAGCGGUGGGUGGACGACGACGUCGACGGCGACGGGGACGGGGACGGCGGGGAACAUGACGGAGUGGCCGGCCUUAACGGUGAUGUCAUGGAGGAGAGUUGACGGUGACGGUGACGGUAACGGUAACGGUAACGGCAGCGGUAGAGGGGGUUGAGGGAAGAAAAGGACCAGUUUUGAUGGGGAGUUAUUGAGAUGAAAAUAUUUUUGGAUUUGGUCCGUUCAUAAUUUGCGAAUCUUAAUAUUUUCUUCCCUCCUUUUUUUUUCUUUUUUCUUUGGGUUGUAUAGAGAUGGGUAAAUUCGGAAAAGGAAAAAAACCCUCUUUUUUUUUUUUUUUUUUUUUUUUUUUUUUUUGGUACUAUGUUAGACCAAAUGUCAGCCUCAGUUUAUUUAGUUCAAAAUUCAGGUCUCCAAGUUUCGAUUUUUUCCCCUUAAUUUGUUUUGAUGCGGCGGGCGAACUUACAUUUUUAAGUGCCCAAUCAAUUCUAUCUUUUCAAUUUGGUCAA